UGCACCUUUAACGCUAGGUGCCACCCGGCAGUAAACAACAAAAAGAAGAAGAAGACGAGCACAGGGGGUGUUUGUAAUGACCGGUAAUGACCGGUGAUGACAGAGUCCUUCAUCACACUCCCCAGCUACAGAGGAAGGAAUGGCACCUUCAGGUGGAGCUUUGUUGAUCCAGACACCAGUGCAGCUCUAUCGAUAUCUCCUCAGAUGUUGCAGACAGUUGCCGACCACAGUGAUGCAGGAGCACUACAAACACGCCGUAAGACAGGGUUACAAGAGUCACUCGGAUGAAGAUGACCCAGAGCGAAUACAAAUGAUAAUCCAAAGAGCAGUUGCAGAUGCUCAGUGGAUUCUUGAUAAAUAUACUAAGAAGAAGUGAGGCUCAUAAGAAGAGAGCGUCCUCUGCACUGCUGCACCUGACAUGGUAAUAGGUCUCAAAUCAGUGGCUGUAUUAAUGGUAAAUGGACUCCAUUUAUUUAGCUGUCCACUGAAAGUGUUUUAACUUAUUCACAUUCACACAUUUUGGGUUGAGGGUUCAAUUUCUUGCCCAAGAACACCUCACAUGUGGAAUUAAUGAGGUGGAACUUGAACUUCUGACCCUCUUAUGCAGAGUUUAAUAGAAUAUUUAAAAGUGUAAGUACAGUAUUUGCUGAUUAAUCCUCAGAUUCAAAAGGCAGCAGCAGAGCAGAAGCUGCUGGACACCUUAACUUUACUUUUUUGUGAAUAUGUUUGGUCUGGUUCAAGAAAAUAAAAUGCUGAGAAACGAGUGGUUCGUCUCUGGUUGCUCUUGGGAGACCCUGUUGGCAUUGCCAAUUGCCACAGUGUUGACAAUGUACAGUUUGUCUUUUUUAAUAAAGGAAUGAUUAUA